CUCACAUCCCAUAGAAGACAGGUGUGCCCAGAGAAACAGAUGGUUUGUAAAGAUUGCAAUGAAACGUUCCGUAGUGCCGGACUGCUGCGUGCUCAUCGCCUGACCCAGCAUCCACGCCCAGAUGUCGAGACUACAGAACAGCCAGAGGAUUCUACAAAAACUCAUCGCUGUAAGAAGUGCGGCCAGGGAUUUGAAGCUGAAUCAGAGCUGAUGGCACACCAGGAGAAAUACCCCGAAGGUCAGCAGUGCAACGGCAGCGCUUCAUCUGUCAAGAAACGCGGACGGCCCGCCAAGGCCGAAGACGCGGCAGGUGCUGAGAAAAAGGGAAAGCGGAAAAAGAAAGAGGAAGCAGACAUUCCCGAGGAGACCGUGAAGGCCGGCAGCACAUCAGACGCGACGGCAACCCCAGCGGAAGAAAAAGGGAAAGCAAAGGUGACAGCAAAGUCAGAAACGGAAGAUAAAACUCCCGAGGACGAGAGUCAGGCUUCAGCAAAAGAGAAGAAACCUAAAGCAGAGCCGACCCCACCCCGUCAGCAGCCGUGCCCCGAGUGCGACCUCACAUUCCCCGGCUUGAUUCAGCUCUGCGUUUACAAGAAGGAGAAGCAUGCCCCACGGAAAGCCCACCCCUGCGAAGAAUGUGAAGAGAGCUUUGCCCGUCCAGAGCAGCUGGAUGCCCAUAUUUCCUGGGCGCACGCCAAUGGCCGAUUUGCCUGUCCGACCUGCGGGGAGAGCUUUGGCCGAGAGCGCACAUUGAAAGCUCACCAGAAAAGUCACCCAGAGGAAAAGCCUGAAAACACAAGUGGAAAAUGAUGAUUCAGAAACUAAGUGAGACAAAUUAGAUAGAAUUCAACCCUGCAUACUUAAGAAAUUGUUUUCAUUACAGGGUUUGGGCUACAUCACUGAAAAUGAGGUGCAAGUUCUUGGAAGUGAUGAGAUCAAGGUUGAAGAGAACAGUUCGAAUCAACCACUGACUGCAUCCACUAGUCAAAAUAGACAGACUGCAAGCGUGCAGCCGCUGCAUCAUCGCGAUAUAAGGACUGUUCUGGUGAAAGAGGAAAGCAGCCUCAUAGUGAAUGAUGUUCCAGCCACAAAUGGCAGCAGACACAUCCGCUGGAAUGUAGAGGCACUUAGUGAAAAUACAGUCAUCCCAACAGUAGAGGUUGGGGAGAGGACAACGGACUGUUGCAUCUUACCAGAGUUCAACACCAGCCAGUGUAUUUUCUAUCCAAUAAAGGAGGAGGAGAGAGAGGUCCUAGUAGAAUCUGCUGGGACCAGCAGAAACCCAGAGGGAUCCCACGAUGCAAAUCAGACAGAAAGUCAAACAGCAGAUUGUGAUAUACGUGAGUAACUCACUCGACCUCCACCUCCACUUACUUUGAAAUCCACCAUUUUUAAUCCUCAGUCGUAAAAGGCUGAUGGGGUAUUGUCAUCACCCUGCUGGAUGGGCGGGUGGGCAGCGUUGACCCCUAAGUCUGUGAAUAAUUGCAUAGUAGCUUCAAACUGAUACCACAGGUUUAUUUGCUAAAAACCUUGGAUGAGU